UGUUGAAAGACUUGUUGCACCGUAUCUUGGCAGAUUAUUCCAGAUUGCAGCGCCAAGAGGAAGUGAAAUUGAUAUGGAAGACAGCCAGAUACUCCAGAUACGUCACCCUAGGGGUCAUCAUUCUGAACAAAACAAGUUUAUACACCCAACUUGUAGCCCAUAUGAUCGGGCCGAUAUCUUGCGCUAGGAAAUCAAACGUUUGUGUGACCGAGGAUCGGCCUUUGUACUUCAUCGGCUCGUUCCCGUACAGCACACAAGUAUCCCCGAAUUACGAAUUGACCGUCGUUGGCCAAAUAGUUUCGGUUUUCUUUGCAUCGUACACGUACUCUUCGAGCGAUUCCUUUUACUUUGUUCUUAUUUUUCAUCUGGUUGGACAACUAUCGAUUCUCAAACUGUUGAUAUCGGAGCUGCCUAUAACCAUAAAGAAUGGCAAUCAGCAGUACGAAUUCGUAAAGCGUUUUCACAACAUCCACGCUCAUCACAAUCGCUUGUGCAAGUUUCAUGCAGACAUUGAAGAUUCUUUCAACAUGAUGUUUUUCAUGCAAUUAAUACCUUGUAUUUUUGUUCUGUGUACGCAAGGUUACACCCUCAUCAUGUUAACAGAAGCCGAAAAAAUUCCUGUCAUGCAACUAAUGUACAUGAUUUACUUUUUCAUCCUAUUUCUAUUUACUUUAUUUGGUUAUUGCUACGUCGCAGAAACAUUACGUCAGAAGGUCUGCAUCUACUUAUUUUGGUUUACGAUUUGCAUAUUUUCAUGA